CACGCACACUUCUGCCUCCACCGAGCAGGACGCAGCUCGUGGAACUGACAGGUUUUCAUUUGCUUCCGAAUCAUAUCCUCAGUGUUUUAUUUAAAAUAAUCUCAGGCGAGAAACACGCGUGUGACGUCAGGAGCUCGAUAAGGACCUGGGCAUGAUGCAGAAGAUGAGUUACUUCUUCCCCCUGCUCCUGGUGUGCUUGGAUGUGUGCGCCCUGCACGCCAUCAGCCUGGCCCAGCUCUCGCCUCUCUUCAUCUCCCACCCACUCCUCACCCUGUGGGGGGCCGGGCUGAUCCGGGCCUUCCUCCUCAUCUCCCUCACCUUCGCCCACCCUGGAGACCAGUGGAUGAGCGGCUUCGGGGGGCUCCAGAGCUUAGGGGUCCUCUGCCUCCACUUUCCAAUAUACACAACUCUUCUGUGGGUGCUCGGGCUGUCCACCACCGAGGGACUGUGGGGGUGGCACUCAUGGGAAAGGGUGUUACAGGGUUAUGUUGUGACAGCAGUGGCCUGGCUCUACUGGAGCCAAUACGUGUCUUCUCUUCUGCUCUCCUCGGGCCGAUACAUCUCAUCUCUGUUCACGAGGACGCCCUCUGAGAAGCCUGAACAGGAAACCAUCACCCUUGUGAAUAGACUGAUGGGAUACCUGAAGCCGUACAAGUGGCGCUUCGUCGUUGUGCUGUCACUCGUGUUUGUUUCCUCCUACGGUGAGAUGGCUAUCCCUCAGUACAGCGGUCGCAUGGCUGACUGGAUCUCCAAUGAAGAAUCACCUGAUGCGUUCACAGAGGCGAUCAUCUUCAUGACAUUAAUGACCUUCACCAGCGCUGUCCUGGAGUUUGUAGGUGACCUCAUCUACAAUAUGACCAUGAGCAACAUCCACACCUCGGUGCAGGAAGUUGUCUUCCAGGCCGUGCUGAAACAGGAUAUAACUUUCUUUGAUGCCCAUAAGACUGGUGAACUGGUUUCCCGCAUCACCACAGACGCCAAUAAACUGAGCGAGGCGCUGAGCGAGGAACUCAGUCUUGUGAUGUGGUACACAGCACGCUUUCUCUUCCUCUUGUUCUUCAUGGUGAGCCAGUCUUGGAAAAUGACCUUGUUCACUUGCAUGGGACUGCCCAUCAUCUGGGUCAUACCAAAGCUCAUCGGACAAUUCUACCAGAAAAUUGCUGUAAAAGUUCAGGAGUCACUUGCUAAGGCCAACCAGGUGGCCACCGAGACCUUCUCCAACAUGAAGACAGUGAGGAGUUUUGCCAACGAGGAUGGCGAGACAGAGCGGUACAGACGGCAGCUGGAGGAAACUUACAGCCUGAACAAAAAGGAAGCUGCUGGCUAUGCGGCCUCUACCUGGUCCAACAGCAUCACCACUUUAGCCCUGAAGGUGUUUAUUCUGUACUAUGGCGGGACUCUUGUGACCGGGGGGGCUGUCAGCAGUGGGGACCUGGUGUCCUUCAUCCUUUACGAGCUACAGUUUGCCUCUGCUGUUGAGGGUGUGAUGCGUGCUUACCCGGAUGUGAGGAAGGCAAUCGGUGGCUCUCAGAAGAUCUUUGAGUAUUUGGAUCGGAAACCUGAAACACCCCCAGACGGCACUUUGGCCCCCGAAACUCUUCAGGGACACAUUCAAUUCAAGAAUGUCCGAUUUUCUUACCCUGUCACAGCCGAUGAAAAGAAAAUUGUGUUGAAGGAUGUGUCGAUGGAGCUAAAACCAGGUCAAACCACUGCCCUUGUCGGGCUCAACAGAUCAGGGAAGACCACCUGUGUCAAACUGCUCGAGAGGUUUUAUCAGCCCCAAGCAGGGGAGAUCCAACUGGAUGGAAAACCACUGCAGAGCUAUAAAGACCAGUACCUACACGACAAGAUUGCCGUGGUGAGCCAGGAUUGUGUGCUGUUCGGUCGCUCGGUGCGGGAGAACAUCAAGUACGGCUUCGAGGACGCCUCUGAUGAGGAGAUGCACCGCGCUGCCAAGCUGGCGAGCGCCCACGACUUCAUCAUGGGGCUGCCAAAUCAAUAUGACACAGAUGCCGGAGAGAAGGGGGGGCAGGUAGCUGGAGGCCAGAAGCAGCGCAUCUCCAUUGCCAGAGCUUUAAUCAGACGUCCCAAAAUUCUGAUACUGGACAACGCCACCAGUGACUUGGAUUUAGAAAAUGAAUACCAGGUCUACCAAGCUUUGUUGAACCAAACCAACCGCUGCACCGUGCUGCUGAUUUCCAACCAGAUGAAUGUUGUAGAGAAGGCCAAUCAUAUAGUCGUCCUCAGUGAGGGGGUGAUACAGGAGGAGGGCAGCCAUGGCGAGCUGCUGGAGAAAGGCGGCCUUUAUGCUGACAUGGUGAAAAAGUACAAUAUGGGCUUUCAGCGCAAAGGAGAGGAGAGGAACGAUGCACAGUCAUGAUACCUCUGGGUCCCCAAGGAGCCAGAGAAGUCAAGCUACAGAGGAGUUGCUGGUUGAAAGUCUGGACGUGAAGGUGUGAAAACUCCAGCUACACUUUAAGUUUUAUUGUUAAACAACGCUUAUUGUAUUGGUAGAGAUUUGUGCCUCCUUGCACCUUGGAAGAAGAGGAAGGAACAACUUGGAUAGUGUUAUAGAUGUAUAAUAUUACACUUAAUUAUGUGAUGCCAUGAUAUAAAUGGGGUUAGUUUUGAAUGAGAAUCAUCAGCUGCAUUUAUCCAUUCGACUUUCCGAAUUGCCGCCCUUUAACACACCAGCCUAUGGUACCAAAUCUACUUUCAUAAUUUAUGAUCUUAAUGCACUCCAGAGUUGUAUAUGAUGUUUCAUAUUGCACUAUUUACAAAUUAGUUUUCCUAAACAUUUUGGCUGUAUAUUUUUUUUUUUUUAUAUUUGUCAAAUGUUUUAUCCAACUUUUCCCUGUAUUAAUCUUGUAAGUAAAUUAAUAUUAGUUCUUAGUUCUAGUUUGCCUCUCUUUAGUUAUGACA